UUUAAUCAGAGACUUGCUGCUGGUUGAAGCUGAACCGGGAAGAUGGCAGAGCCCGAAAGCACCGUUCUGAACACCGAUGUGAAGCAGAAAGACCCCAGAGAGGCGCUGGUCAUCGCGGUGACAACCAGGGCCAUCUUCGACCUGGAGGAGGAGCAUGCACUCUUCCUGGCCAAGGGCAAGGACGAAUACGUGAGGCACCAGCAGGCCAACCAGGACAAGCCCCUGCCACCAGGCACGGCCUUCACCUUCAUCCAGGCGGUGCAGUACGUGAACGAGCAACUCCUGGCGAGUGACCCAGCGGAGCGGGACCUCUUCGAUGUCAUCGUGCUCUCCAACAACAGCCCUGAGAGUGGCACGCGCAUCAUCAACAGCGCCAAGCACUACGGCUUGGAGAUCUCCAAGUUCUGCUUCGUCAGCGAUGAGGACUCCACGCAGUACCUGAAAUCCCACCAGGUGAAGCUCUUCCUCUCAGCCGACAGGACAGAUGUUUGCAACGCCCUCCGCAGAGGAGUUUCUGCAGCGCUCGUCUUCCAGCAAGAGGUGCAGACCCCCAGCACCCAGCUGCGCGUGGUGUUUGACGGUGACGCUGUGCUCUUCUCGGAUGAGACAGACCAGGUCUUUCGGGAGAAGGGGCUGGAGGGAGCUGUGCAGUACGAAAGGGCCAUGGAGGCCGUGCCCAUGGGAGAGGGUCCUCUGAAGGCUUUUGCCAUGCACCUAGGGAAGAUGAGAAAGAAGUUCGGCCAAGAGAAAUCCCCCAUACGCACCUAUCUGGUGACAGCCCGCAGCGGCCGGGACAUGGGCAUCCGAGCCAUCAAGACGCUUCGGGAAUGGGGGUUGGCCAUUGACGAGGCUUUCUUCAUGGAUGGGGCUCCCAAGGGCCCCAUCCUCACCCAGAUCCAGCCCCACAUCUUCUUUGAUGAUGGCUUUCACAACAUCCAGGGGGCUCAAGAAGUGGGUGUACCCUCUGCCUGGGUCCCCUCGCAGUGCUGACGGGCCGGGCACCAAGGGCUAUCAGUCCUCCCUCCCAGCACCAUGUGGCGUUGGGUCAUUUCAAGGCAAAACUUCUGGUGGGAAGGGAAGGACGCCCUAAGCUGCAGCAAGCAAACCUCAGGGAAAGGGAGAAGAGAACAUUGCAGGGGAGUGCCAGCUACCAGACAAGGCGUUAUGCUCAUUUCUGCCCCUGAGACAAGGUUCCUGUGGUCCUGGGAUGAAGCCAACAAAAAUGCAAAUUCUCUAGGAGGGAAAAAUACCUUUGCUGUGCCACCAAGGGCUGCCACUUUCCUGCCCUGUAGAGCCUGGGUGCUUUUCCUUUCUCCCAACAGAAGCAAUUAAGCUGCCUUAGACACAGUCUCCAAGAUUUACUCUCUGGCACGCUGGCCAACGCAAGCCUUUGAUACUCUGCCUCCGCCAAACGUGCUCCUCAGCUCGGUUUCCCAAGGAAGCGAGGCUGGUGUGUGACUGUGUCCUUCUAGCAGCGCUCUGCUCAUCGCAGAGCAGAGCUCUGACCACUUCCAGCCAAAGGGUGUGCGAAGGUGUGAGGGUCCUGCCGAUUUGGUAAAAACGGACGACUGGGUUGAGAAAAGAAGCUUGGAUCUCAAUUAAAAAGCCCGGCAUACAAGAGAUUACAGGAUGAAUCACCUUCUCUUGGGGUCACAGGCAGAACGUCCCUAGGAGACCUCAGCUCCUGGGGCAUCCUAUUUUCAAAGGCUAUGCUUUUUCCAGCAGUACGUUUUCAGGCCAACCCUGGGAGGUCCUGGGCCACAAGGAGGCACAUGCAGGCCCCAGUCCUUUCCACGGAUGUGAGCAGUAGCCACCAGGGGACACUGUGCUGCGCUCCUGCUGCAGCCCAGCCCUCACCCCAGCCCCAGGGCGGCAGGGGACAGGAGUUACAAACCCAUGGGCCCCUUCUUGCAGGGGAGCGAACGAGAAAAAUGAGCGUGCCUCUAAGAGCCUGCCAAAAACAAGCCUCCUGGGGGACUCCCCUGGUCCCCCGUAGCGUAGCUCUGCCUUGCUAUACGGUCUAAAAAAGGUUACUGGCCUCCCACCCCCGAUGACACUAGAAGGUCACUUCCAGCAUGAUAUAAGCUCUCCAUCUCAGCUUUUUUGCAAAAUCCUGAAAUGCAAAUUUUAUGGCAGACCUCAGAGAAGUAGAGAUCUCUGAUGAAAUUUUUAAUCGCAGCUGGUUGAGCUGAGGGGAUUUCAUGAAACUGAAACUGCUGCAUGAAAAAUCAUUCGGUUGAAAAACAGCUGGCUGGCUGUAAUGACCGGUAAGUACUGGUGUCGCCGAGUGGCCCGGUAAAUCCAGCCUGCUCCAGUAUUUUAACUUUGAUCCACUUGAGCUUCCCACGAAGGAGCUCAGGGCUUGCAUUGCUCCGGUCUCUGAAGGGCUCAUCAAGCUUCCCCAAAUGCAGAAAAUCACUGAGGUCACCCUCACAGGUGCAAAGUUCUCUCUCUUGGGACUCUCACUUUUUUUAGGUCUAAUCAUCCUGCUCUGAAACGCGUUGGUGGCUCCCGGGCUGCCCCCGUCCUCUCCGCGCCACGGCUGUUUUACCCCAUUUGCGCCAAAGCGAUCCGCCUAUUGUGUUUUAUCCUUACUUAAACAUUGGUCCUAGCCCUGCUCCCAGAAGAACCCAGCAAAUCCCAAACAGCAUCAGCAAAGAAAAGAAUGGGAAGACAGAGCGGGGACAUGGUUGAUGGGGGGCAUCGGCCAGAGCCAGUAGUAAAAAAGUAUUAAUGAUAUACCAUGCGCCACGGGGACCUCUUGCCCACUGCUUGCAACCAGCGUGAGAACAUAAAUCCAGCCAAAUGCUAGUCCCAGCUGCUGAACGAGGUGGGGAUUGUGGCCAAAGGGGAUGAAGAUGACGGUGUUUGUAUACUCAGUGGGAUUCAGAAAGCAAUGUUUUAAAAUGGAUUUACAGGUGCCACUCUCACCGAUGCCUUUU